AUGAUAACUGAUUUGUUUGCUCGUCUCAUACCAUUAGCCGCUCUGUUCUUCUGCGCGUACGAGACGUCGAAGAAGACGCUGAAGACAUAUAUGCCUGAAAGGUAUGACCCAAUCGUUCAUAUGGUGUCGGCUUCCGCUGGAGAAGUGACGGCGUGUUUAAUACGAGUGCCCGUAGAAGUGGUCAAACAGAGGGCUCAGGCGACGCACAGCACCAGUAGUUUGAUACUGAAGACCACACUUUCGCGGGAAGGGUUUGCCGGUCUCUAUAGAGGCUAUUUGAGUACAAUUGUACGCGAAAUACCGUUUUCAUUGAUUGUCAAGGGCCACACCCUUCACGACUUUUUCCUCACCAUCAGCUGUCAAACGCCCCGUCGCCGGCCGCCAAACCGACGCGACAACUGGUGUGGCCUAGAUUUGGCCAAAACUAGGAUAAUGUUGGCCGAGAAGGGAAAGGCGUUUUCGUUCACUGAUAUUCUAGUUGUCCUUAAAGUCAUUUAUCAAAGAAAUGGAUUUACCGGUCUAUUUUCUGGUGCCGUUCCCCGUGUGACUCAGAUAUCAAUAGGUGGUGCAAUAUUCCUCGGCGGUUAUGAUAUAAUAUCUAACUUUUUGAAGGCUUUAUGA